ACCGAAAGAACGAGGAACAGAGUGAGGGGGUUGUGAGAGGGAGCAUUUCCUGGAAUCCUAUCAUGAAGGCGUCGUGGUGCUCCUUCUCCUGUCUGUCGUGUGUUAAAGCCGGUCCUGAUGACAUGGACGGUGACCACGGUGGGUCUGCUGUGUCGUUGCAGCCGCAGGGACAUCACUCUGCUGCGUCCAAACCGCUGAGUCUCUGUAGAAUGUCUGAGGGAGACGUGACAGUGCUGCCGUUUGGACCUUCAUCUCUGGACGUGUCCAGGCAAGAGCAGCGGACUCUGACCAGGCUGUACAGCCAGAACGGAGGAUAUCACCUUAGGAUUUUACCAGACGGAACAGUGAGUGGUGGGAGGCAGGAAAAUGACCCCUAUGACAUCCUGAGGCUGAAGGCUGUGAGUGUAGGAGUUGUGGCUAUAAAGGGCGAGAGGACAGGAAGAUACCUGGCCAUGAACAAGGACGGACGCCUUUACGGAUCACAAGUACUUAAUGAUGAAUGUUACUUCGUGGAGAAGUACGAGGAGAACCACUACAACACUUACUGCUCUCAGAAGUACAACUGGUACGUGGGGCUGAAGAGGAGCGGCCAACCCAAACCAGGACCGAACACCCACCAGGGUCAGAAGGCCAUCUUUUUCCUGCCAAGACCUGUGUGAUCAGCUUAUAAAGCAAAAGACGGAACACCAGACACGACACACUCAAGUCUUCCAAUGCACAUUAACAGCAGCUGAAGUAUCCCAUUUAAAUACAUAUAGCACUAAAAUCAUCAAUACUGUAGAGGACUUAGUGCACAUAAUUCAAUCCAGGAUAUCUGUGCAUCUUUUGUUCCUUUUUACCAUCAUUAUCCAAAUGUUGAGCUAAUAUCCUUUGCCUGCGAACACAUAUAUGCCUUCUCACUGCAGACAGAAAAAUGUGUGCAGUAUUAGUGCACGUCAGUCUUGACAAAUGGGUCUUCACUUUGAACCCUGGUAUGAAAUACCACUGCUGGAAGACAGCAAGGGACCAGCUUUAUACAGAAAUAGUUCUUCAAUUGAUCAUGUCUGGCACAAAGGAAACCAACAAGCAGUAAAAAAUACAAAAAUGCAGACCAUCUGGCAGAGAAAUCAAGCGAACAAAGAUUUUCCAGAGAGUCAACAGUGUGUAAUAUUAGCGCCGUACUACAUACAACACAGUAAUAACACUUGUGCUGCUUUGCUCAGGUGUUCUGAGUGGCAUAUCUACAAAAAAAAGUAAUUUACAAUCAGAUUUGAGGAUAAACAAGUGCUCUCAGAUGAUCUUAGUUUCACUUUUUGGUAAAUGCACAACACAAUAAUGUAAAAUCCUCCUUUUGGAAACUUGUUCCAUGCAGAGAUGGCCAUAACAGACAUUUGUUAUGUGGGUGCAGUGUUACAUGGAGUUGUUACUAUGUGCACAGGUCGGAUGACAUUCUUGGUCACAGAUGGCACUGUUACAGUAUUCAGUGUUGUGAUUACCAAGUGGCUAGGACACUUAGGUUUCUACAGCGUAUAAUCACCUGAAAAUAAGAAUAACUCUGUUUCUCAAAGUCUCUGCAGUGCUCCUCAUAGGUUUCAUUUACAUAAAUACACGCCAUCAGAUUUUUUCAGAGGACUGAUCCAAUGUCCAGGAUCUUUCCAAGGACUGAGUAUUUCCUUUGGAGAAAGAGCAAGUAUGCUGUUUAUCCUUCCACAAUCCUCUGCAGGAAUCUGAUAAAAAGGAAUCUCAGAAAAAAAAAAAAAAACAACAGACGAUCACAAC